ACCUAAACUCUUUCGAAUUUGAAUAGUGAAAACCUCCCAUGAACGACAGUUUAAAAGGCCAGGGUACCACCACUUGAAUCGAUCGACAAGCUACAAGCUAGAGCACACGCAGCAUGCAGUCAGUGUAGCUGGUGAGUACAGGAACACGCGCAUUGCUAGCAGUAGCAGCCAAGCAAUGGCAGCACCACCUGUAGUCGCCAUGGCCGUGCUCCUCCUCCUCCUGCAACUGGCCUCCUUGUACCCCAGCGUGGUCCUUGCCGACGCGGUGCUUGGCCGGAAGGCGGGCCUCGUCGUCAUGGACGACGACGAGCCGGCAGCGGAGAAUAGGCUGGCGCCGGCUGGGCCGCCGCCGGGGAGGUACGCCGUGAUCUUCGACGCCGGCAGCACGGGGACAAGGAUGCACGUCUUCAGGUUCGACAACAAGAUGGACCUCGUCGGGAUUGGCCACGGCAUUGAGUUCUUCGCCAAGGUGAAGCCUGGACUAAGCUCAUACGCUGAGCGACCCCAAGAGGCCGCAAACUCCAUAUUACCUCUCGUCAAGAAGGCCAAGAGCAUUGUCCCUUCGCAGCUAACGGAGAGAACCCCUCUUAAGCUAGGAGCAACUGCUGGGUUGAGACUUAUCGGAGAUGAACAAGCGGACAAGAUUCUUCAAGCGGUUAGGGAUCUUGUCCACAGCAAGAGCCAAUUCCAAUACAACCCUGACUGGAUCAAUGUUAUUGAAGGAUAUCAAGAAGGAUCUUAUCUAUGGGUUGCCCUAAACUAUCUGUUGGAUAAAUUGGGAGGGGAUUACUCCCAGACGGUAGGUGUAGUUGACAUGGGUGGUGGAUCGAUGCAAAUGGCCUAUGCCAUUUCUGCAAAUGAUGCUGCAAAGGCUCCUAAAGUACCAGAUGGAAAGGAUCGCUAUGUUACAAAGGAGUAUCUUAAAGGAAAAGAUUAUAACAUCUAUGCUCACAGCUACUUGCACUAUGGCGCUUUAGCAGCUCGAGUGAAGAUUUUAAAUGCAAAGAAUGGACAAUUUAGUUUGUGCAUGCUGCGUGGAUUCAGAGGUAACUACACAUACAAUGGGCAGCAAUACGAUGCAACUGCCUCACCUCAAGGAGCAGUGUAUGAAAAAUGUAGAGAAGAGAUAGCUAAGGCAUUGAACAUGAAUGCUCCAUGUAACACGAAGAGUUGCACCUUCGAUGGUGUGUGGAACGGAGGACGUGGAGCUGGACAGGACAACCUCUACCUUUCAUCAAGCUUCCACUAUGUGGCCACACGGGUUGGGAUCAUAGAUGGAAAAUUACCCAGUGCAAGGUCCACUCCUUCCGCAUUCAGAGUUGUUGCAAAGAGGGUAUGCCAAAUGAGUGUUAAAGAAGUAAAAGUUGCAUACCCCAUGGUUGAGGACAUCAGUGUGCCAUACCUGUGCUUGGAUCUUACUUACCUGUACACGGUGCUCGUGGACGGUUUCGGCCUGAAGUCAAUAAAGAAGAUCACAUUGGUAUCCAAGGUGAAACAUGGAGAGUACUAUGUUGAAGCUGCGUGGCCUCUGGGUACUGCUAUUGAGGCCUUGUCUCCCAAAAUGGGGCUUGAAUAUGCAUGAGUAUAAGAAGGCAGAAUAACUUGAACACAUGUCAACAAGGGACCAACAACCAAAGUAUUAUGUUGUAUUCAAGUAUACUUUGCUAUUAUAUCUUAUAGAAUAUAUUAUAUAUUCUCCAACGCCAUAAUUUCAUAAUAGAUGGGUAGCCACGGUUCAUCCUGGGCUAAGUUUCAACCCAACUGGAACAAUUUGUAACUUUAUUGUGUCGUAAUUGUAUCAGCUUAUGGGGUUAGCCAUUCUACCCUAUGUAAUAAUAUAUGUUUAUAUGUUGCAAUGCUUAUGGUCCUAAGGUUUCACUAA